CUUACGGCAGUCUCUAUUCACUAACAUGACAUUCAAGGUAUUUGCACUGACUGCCCUUGUGGCCAUCGCUAUCGCCCAUCCAGAUAGCCCACCUACAUAUGGCUACUCUGCUCCCACACCUUCUUACGCACCCGCCAAGUACGACUUCAACUACGCCGUAAACGACCAACCAUCUGGUAACGACUUCGGACAUGAGGAAGCCCGUGAUGGCGACCACACACAGGGAUCUUAUUACGUCCUUCUUCCCGACGGUCGUCUUCAGAGGGUGACCUACAAUGUGAACGGCGACUCCGGUUACGUGGCUGAUGUAACCUAUGAAGGACAGGCUCAGUACCCCACACCAAAAGCCUCCUAUGGUCCUCCUCAGCCUUCCUACAAGCCGCCCACCCCAUCCUAUGCUUAAGAAAUAGUGCCUCAGAUAUUUAUUGAUCGCGGAUCAUUGUAAAUACUAGAUAAUAAAGAAGCAACUUU